GCAUCACUUGUUACUGGGGCAACCAUAAUUCUGUCUUCCUAUUUUAUUCAUUUCAUCUAUCUGUCCCGCAGUACGAAGUGGAUCUUGGCUGUUCUGGGGUCAGUGUUUACGAUAAUGUUUGUUCUGGUCAGCUGUGGUGUGUUCUUCCCAUAUUCUGGGGAUCUGUCCAGCCCACGACCCAAACGCGUCUUUGUCCAGCACAUCACUCGCAGUUUCCACACACGGAACGGAUCGCUGCAGAGCUCCGACUCUGGUUUAUGUAUCAGCGAUAUGGAUUACACCGGCAUGCAGCACAUCAAACCACACAUCCCGCAGAUCAACGACAGCAUCUACACGUACUGUCAGGAUUAUCUGCCCUACUAUGGCUUCCCAAGGAAGAGCUGGUAUCUUCCGGCUCCUGAAGUCUCUCCUAAAGCUCCGCUGGAGUUCAAGCUCUUAUCCAGACAGGAGACUGAAUGGGGAACCAUUAAAAUGAGCUUUGAGGUCAAAGGUCCGAGUCACAUGUUUCUAGAACUGCACACUCACGCUGGAGCAUCUCUGGUCAGCUGGUCGUUGGGUGAAGGGAUGCUGCAGUUGAACCGCAGC